AUGCAAAACAAAUCCUCCUCUAUUCAUAUUUCUCCCAUCGUCUUUCAUGGCAAAGAUGCUCAUUCCUGUGGUUAUUGUAAAACAUUGGAUUCGGAUUCUGAUCGGUUCAUGAGAACUCCUGAUACUUCUGUAAGCAUUGGAUUUCAUGUCUAUCAAGUACCAGCCAAUGUUUACGAACAAAUGAUGUUUCGGAAUAUGAGAAGAUGUGGUGAUUAUUAUUAUCAACCGAUCAAUGAUGAAACAUGUUGCCCACAAUAUGCCAUCCGAUUGAAUUCGUUGGAUUUUAAGAUGAAUAAGAAACAAUCAAAGGUUCUGAAAAGAAUGAAGAAAUAUUUAGAAACUGGAGUGGUUCAUGAUCAAGAGAACAAUCUCGAGCACGAUACCAAGAAGAGAAAAGUGGAUGAAAAUCAUCACAAACUAAUUGGACAACUCUCAGAGUCGUUGCAAUCCUUAUUGAAGGACAAUGUUGAAAAGUUUACCAAAUUCUUUGAUGGAGUUGGCAAUCAAGAGUUGAGACAACAAUUAACAGAUGUGUUUCAAAAGCAAACAUUUCAAACAAACAAGAAAGAUCCAAAUACUUUCUCGUGUGGAAUUGCAUUUGCAUUGUUCGGCCUAUCGAAAAAAUUGAAAUGCAAUACAGUUUGUGAAAAGAAAGAUUUAGGGUCAGAAGUUGCCUCACUUCUCUCUCAACAUCAUUGGGAACAAACUUUUGGUGUAAAUAUUCAAGUGGAAAAUAAUGGAUAUAUUAACAUGACAUUGAAAAACCCAACCACUGAAAAAGUUUCUGUGUCCUCUAAUAUCAAACGUAAAAAGGAUCAAGGCACACUGUCCCAACCCUCAACCAAGCCAAAAACAUUGACAACUCAACUUGUAGACUCCAAGUUCAAAGUUGAAGAAUACAAAAUCUAUCAAAAAUAUCAAAAAACCAUUCACAAAGAAGAAACCACAGAGAAGGGUUACGAAAGAUUUUUAUGUAAAUCUAGCUUGUUAGAUAUGGACACGAAAAGUACCUCUUCAGAAAAACCAUUGAAGGGCUAUGGAACGUUUCACCUUCAAUAUAGAAUUGAUGAACAGCUUGUUGCUGUGAGUGUAUUAGAUGUGCUACCAACUGGCCUUAGCUCAGUAUAUUUCUUUUAUGAUCCAGAGUACGCACAUCUUUCCCUUGGAGUUUACUCUAUAUUGAACGAAGUUGAGCUUAUCCAAAAAGAAAGCGCCAAGUUUCCACAAUUCAAGUACAUGUAUCUUGGUUUUUAUGUUCAUUCUUGCAAAAAGAUGAGAUAUAAGGGUGAAUAUUAUCCAUCUGAACUGCUCUGCAAUGAAUCAUUUACAUGGGUUCCACUUGACAAAUCUCUUUCUGCUAAAUUAGACCAAAACAAAUAUUUUAAAUUUAAUGAUCAAGCUGAGACGGUGAGAAACUUGGACUUCCCUGAAACGAAUGGUCUUUACUUGUUUCUGAGUGGUCAAGUACUUCCAUUCUCAUUAGGUGCAUCCAUUCUUCCACUAACCAAGAGUGCUUUGGAGAAGAUCAACCUCUUUAAACGUACUUUUGGAAAACAGUUAACCUUAGAGAGUGGUUUUGCCUAUUAUGUGAGUGAAGAAGAUUUAGUAGAGGAGGAUGAAGAAUAA